AUGCGAUUCAACGACAUCUGUAUAAUGUUAAAAAAACCAAACCACCUAUGGCUCAUUGACUCAAAUCACAAGUUAAUCCCCUGGAGGUUUGUUUUGCACAGCUGCAUUGAUGGGUAUAGCAGAGCAAUAGUUUACAUAAAGUGUUUCACUAACAAUCCAGCAGGUACAGUCUUGCAAUGCUUCAUGGAUGGAAUACAAGAAUUUGGAAUUCCAUCACGGGUUGGAGGGGAUAGGGGCGUUGAAAAUGUAAAUGUUGCUCGAUUCGUGAUUGAUCAGAAGGGGGUAAAUAGGAUAGAGAGGCUCUAG